AUGCGCACAGAACUGGAAGGUGAAGACGCUCCCCGACCCGCCGACAGAAACAAUGAGGCGUCUUUUAUACAGAAUACUCAUAAUACCCCGUCUGUGACCUCUGGCCUAUCCGACAUCAAAAAAGAACAUGAAGUUAUUCCAGGAGAUAAUGCAGAAGAACCGGCCAAUCGUAUCUCCAAUGCUGGAGAAGAGCACCCGGAAAAGUGGAUUAAAGGCAUUCCCCUACUCAUGGUAACCUCGGGGAUUACUCUUGUCAUAUUCCUGAUGUUGCUGGACAUGUCAAUAUUGUCUACUGCCAUACCGCAAAUUACGAACCAAUUCCGCUCCCUCGAGGACAUCGCCUGGUACGGUAGUGCUUACACGUUGGCAAGCUCCGCCCUUCAGCCUCUUACAGGGAAGUUCUACACCUACUUCACCUCCAAGUGGGUAUUCCUUGGCUUCUUCGCAGUGUUUGAACUGGGCUCCUUGAUAUGUGGCGUCGCUACUUCGUCGAAAAUGCUCAUUGUCGGCCGAGCUGUGGCUGGAGUGGGAUCCUCGGGCAUGUCUAACGGCGCUCUGACUAUUGUUGCUGGUGCUGUGCCGAUGCAUAGAAGACCAUUUUUGGUUGGCAUUAUGAUGGGACUGUCACAGAUUGGACUGAUUCUGGGCCCUUUGAUUGGUGGUGCGUUUACCACGUAUACUACAUGGCGCUGGUGCUUCUACAUCAACUUGCCCAUCGGCGCCCUAGUUGCUGCCCUCUUGGUCUUCACUCGCAUUCCCGAGCAACGAGAAAAGGGUCGCGCGGUUGAUGUUCUACCUACAUUCUUCAAGACGUUCGAUAUCCUCGGGUUCGUCCUCUUUGCCCCCGCUGCAAUCCAACUCCUGUUGGCCCUUCAGUACGGAGGUGAUCAAUAUGCAUGGAACAGCGCCACCGUCAUCGGCCUGUUCUGCGGUGCGGGUGCAAUGUUCCUUGUCUUUCUGGCAUGGGAGUACCGCAUGGGGAAGGAUGCCAUGAUUCCAUUCCACGUGGUUGGCAACCGAAUCGUCUCCUGCAGCUGUGUGGUUAUCAUGUCUUUGUUCGGGAUGACAAUCACUGCGUCGUACUAUUUACCGAUAUACUUCCAGGCAGUAAGAGACAAGUCGGCGCUGGUUAGUGGUGUUGAUUUGUUGCCGGGUGUGCUGUGCCAGAUUGUCAUGGCUUUGGUCACAGGGGCUCUCACUGGAAGAAUAGGCUACUAUCUCCCCUUUGCGGUUCUCGGCGGCAUCCUCAACGCCGUCGGAUGUGGUCUUCUGUCGACCUUAUCACCCACCACUCCUACACGCGAAUGGGCCGGCUAUCAAGCUCUAAUAGGAUUUGGUCGAGGAGCAGCAAUGCAGACUCCUCUGAUAGCCGUUCAAAACGCCGUCCUACCCGACGAGAUGUCAACAGCCAUGGCCAUCCUGACCUUUAGCCAGACCAUUGGCGCUGCUAUCUUCCUUGCGGUGGCAGAAGUCAUCUUUUCUCAUGGUCUGAGAAGCACUAUCCCGCAGUACGCCCCUACAGUCGACCCCGAGAGGGUGAUUGCUGCUGGUGCGACUGGAUUCCGAGGCAUUGUGUCUGAGGCGAGUCUCUUCGGAGUUCUGCUCGCUUACUCGAAGAGUAUCGGACACAUUUUCUAUCUGAUUGCUGCGCUGAGUGUGGUGCAAUUCUUCCUUGCAUGGGGGAUGGGCUGGAAGAAUGUUGGCAAGCCUAAAGAGGACAAGUUGAAAGGGGAAGAGGAAGGGAAGGUGAACAAUUGA